AUGUAUGGUUUCCGAAUGAUCCGUGGACUUUCGAGCACGGCACGUCUGACCUCAAAAUCCGUUUCCGGGCGCAUCAUCGUUCCACCAGCGACUCAUUUCACGCAGCAAACAGAUUCGACUCCGAUCAGCAGUCUGAAAGGCGAAUACAAACAGCUCCCGGAGGACUCAAAUUAUAUCGAAAAAUUCUACAACGAGCUCGAACGUUUUUCCACAGAUGUGCUACACGGACAGCUGAAAAAGACAUAUACAGAUUUCGAUGACAACCCUGAUGAUCUUGUCUUUGAGCUUGAAAAAUACAUAGAAUUGCAAGUGAUCCCGCAACAUAGCAGUUACGUUGAAAAAACGGCCGACUUUAGUGCUUCUCGUCCGCUGUCCACGAUCCACUGCAAAAGCGUCGGAGACAAAUUGGCCAUUGACAGGUUUUUGGACUUUUGCAGCGGCGUAAAAUUAACUUUGCGGUUGAAUGGCGGUCACAGCUUCAUUUUUGAUGUACUAUUACAGGCCAAAUCUAGCUUCGAUGAGUUUGAGAAGAAGAAGGGUUAG